AGAACUAGCAGAGUGGGCAAUGCAUUAUUUUACAAUAAACCUUAUCGACGCCUUGUAUCUCAUCACUCAGCAAAAAUCUCUCUUUCUUUCUCUGUUUCUCUAAGAGUUCAUCAUGCAUCUUCUUCUUCUUUUUCUUUUUGCGAUUUUGCUCGUCUUCCUUUUGAAAUUCGUAUACUCAAUCAUAUGGGUUCCGUGGAGGUUGGAGAACCACUUUCGAAAGCAAGGCAUACGAGGCCCUGGCUACCGUCCGAUCUUCGGGAACUCAGCCGAGAUCCGACGCAUCUACGCUGAGGCUCAAACGAAGCCAAUCCAGUUUGAGUCCCACGAUAUCCUUCACCGUGCGGCUCCUUUCUACUACAGGUGGUCAGGCAUGUACGGGAAGACCUUCCUGUACUGGUUCGGAUCAAAGCCGAGGCUGGCAAUAUCUGACCCGGACACGAUUAAGGAAGUCCUUCUGAACACUUCUGGGUGCUUUGGGAAGGUCCGGCAGAACCCCUUGGCUAGGCUGCUCUUUGCGCAGGGACUUGUUGGGCUUACGGGCGAGAAAUGGGCUGUCCAUAGAAGGAUCAUAAACCAGGCCUUCAACAUGGAGCGGGUUAAGUGUUGGGUACCAGAAAUUGUGGCCAGUACUGCAAAGAUGCUCAACCAGUGGGAGCAAAAUAGUGGAGGGAGAGACGAGUUUGAGAUGGAUGUGCACAAAGAGCUUCAUGAUCUCUCAGCAGAGAUCAUAGCAAGAACAGCUUUUGGAAGCAGUUUUGAAGAGGGGAAGCCCAUUUUCAACUUACAAGAGCAACAAGUGCAUCUUUUCUCCAAGGCAGUCAGAAGUGUAUACAUUCCUGGGUUCAGGUUUUUGCCUACUAAGAUGAACAGAGAAAGAUGGAGACUAGAUAAGCAAACUCGUGACUCUAUAAGGAUGCUGAUUGAGACCAACAAAAAAGCAAGAGAUGGUUCAAGAAAUCUUCUUGGUCUAUUAAUGUCUUCUUAUAAGAAUCAGGAUGGUGAAGAAGAAACAUUAGGGGUUGAAGAAAUCAUAGAUGAAUGCAAGACCUUCUACUUUGCAGGAAAGGAAACAACUGCUAACCUGCUAACUUGGGCACUUCUUCUCUUAGCACUGCAUCAGGAAUGGCAAAGCAGGGCAAGGGAAGAAGUAGUUCGCGUCUUCCACGACAACGAGGCUCUAGUUGCAGAGAAAUUAAAUGAACUUAAAAUUGUGAGCAUGAUAAUUAAUGAAACAGCUCGACUCUAUCCUCCGGCUGUGAUGUUAAUGAGGCAGACGUGUAAGAAGGUGAAGUUAGGGGAGCUCGAUGUUCCUGCUGACACACAACUCUAUUUGGCCUUGACUGCUGUUCAUCAUGACACUGAGAUAUGGGGGGAAGAUGCUGAUAAGUUCAACCCAUUGAGAUUCAUGCAGCCUAGAAAGCAUUUGGCUUCCUUCCUCCCAUUUGGGUUGGGUCCCACAAUCUGUGUAGGUCAAAAUUUAGCAGUGGUUGAGGCCAAAAUCGUCUUAGCAAUGAUCAUUCGGCAUUUCUCCUUUGUGGUAUCUCCAACCUAUGUUCAUGCCCCAAUGUUGCUUGCAACCCUGCAGCCUCAAUAUGGUGCACAAAUUCUCCUUAGGAGGAUUUCAAGUUGAAUCCUGUCAAACAUCUGGACACGCUUAUAGAAAUGUUUUCUUUUA